CUUGUAUCAUCUUGUCUCGUCUCAUCUCUGUCCUAUCUUAUGCCAUGUCAUGUACGAGUAUGUUGUGCUGUGCCUCUUCUCUACCGCAAGUAUCAUCCAUUCACAUUGCGUACCUCUCUUUUCUGGUCUCCCCACUCUGCUCUCCUCCGUACCUCGUUCUGUGUCACACACACACUCUCCCACUCUCCCACCCUAGCCUCUCCCAACAUCCAAUACGAUGCUCGCUCCGACUCCACCGUCAUCAUCAUCCUACUCCAUCUCCCUGCAAACUGCAAACUAUGGAUCUAGGUACCUCGUACAUACAGUACUUUGUCUGCGUCUGCGUCUGCGUCUGUUGGGGUUCGUUCCUCUUCGUGCUUCCUGCUGCUUCAUGCUUCAUGCUUCCUGCACGUCAGAGACACACGAGCAGCGCCAGGACCCGAUUCUGAGCCAGAGAACGACAACCCUUUCUCUUUCUCUUUCUCUUUCUCUUUCUCUUUCUCUUUCUCUUACCCUUUCCCUUCCGCUCCGGGUAGGUACAACACAAAGCCCAGCACUCUGUAGUCAGAUUGUGUACUAUACCAUACUGUACGACCAACAACUGCCAACCUCGAACCCAAGUACCUGUCUAUGCGUGUAGUCUAGACUAGACUAGACUAAUCAUCCAAACCAUCUUAGAGUGGAUGCGGCGGUGGUUGGCACGGUGGGUGGUACCUUGUAAGUACCUGGGUGAGUAGUUACUCGUACUACUAGUUACUACUAAACAGUGAGUAGUCAAUAACUACUUGACCCGUACCGUGAAAAGGUUAAAAAUGGUUACCA